AUGGCCACUAAGUUCAGACAGCCCCAGUGGCUAAAGAACAACGGGUUUGCGCCGCACGUCUAUCUGUUUCGCAAUAUUGAAUCAGGCCAAGUGAUGUACUCCCAGACGCCCCACAUCACCAAAUACCAGAUCGAACAACAGAGUUUUAGACCCAACUGGGAAAACAGGAAGCCUUCAAAAAGACGCGAUCUAUGGCGUCCGAUGGCCGUCGCACAGUUUGAUUCACACGAAAAGGCGGUCAGAGCCUACAAUGCGCUAGUUGAGCUCAAAUACAUGCGUCAAGUGUCAAAACGGAAGGAGGCAGAGGCUCUGCGGAAGAGAAACCAGUUUCAACAGAUCUGGUACUUUGGCCAAUACCGUCCAACGUGGGCUCAGGAGUCCGUGAGCGAUCUCACCACUGUGCUAGACGAACUUAGACUUUCCUCGAAAAUUUACUGGGACUCUUUAUGGCGUAAAGGAGACGACAAGUAUUGGAAAGAUUUGCAAGUGGAGCACGACGAGCUGGACAAGGUGAGCCCAAGAGAGAAGUUCGUGGCGCUAAGCGAGGUGGAGCAAAAAUGGAAAGAAGAGCAGGAAGCUGCUGAGGUCGAACAACAACCACAACCUACCGUGUAA